UGAUACUCAAGUAUUCUCUCCUAAUCUGACAAAAGAGAAAGAAACAGAAACGUCUACCGGUGAGAGGCCAUCCAAUCCUAAUCAAGAUGGAAAACCAGAUGAUGAGAUUGUGAGAGAGAAAUUAACAAGUGAGUCACCUGCUAGUCAGAGUCAAGUUUUGCAGAAAGAAACAGUAGAAAUGAAUGAGACACCUUCUUCUCCAAUAGCUCCAAAGAGUAUUGAAACUCCCGUUUAUACUCCAAGUCAGACUCAGCAGAUUGAGAGAGAGCCAUCGGAUGACACGCCUGCCCUUGAUACUCAAGUUUUUACUCCUAAUCUGACAAAAGAGAGGGAAACACAAACCUCUACUGAUGAAACGCCACCCAAAACUAAUCAAGGAGAAGGAAAACCAGAUGAUGAGAUUGUGAUUGAGUCACCUGCUGCUCAGACUCAAGUUUUGCAAAAAGAAACACUGGAAAUGAAUGAGACACCUUCUUCUCCAAUAUCUCCAAAGAGUAUUGAGGCUCAAGUUUUUACUCCAAUUCAGAAACAGCAGACGGUAACAGAGGAAACGUAUGAGGCUACACAGCCAUUGACUGAGAUCAUUUCAGCAAACAAUAAAAAGGAGGAUACACAUGCUGUGCAUUACAGACCUUCCUCUCCAUUGUCUUCACUAAUUGCACUAGUUAUUGAAGAAAAUAAGAAUGCUUUGAGUGAGACAGAAACUGCGACCCAAUAUUUUUCUACAAGUGAAGGAGAGCAUUCACAAUCAAGCAGAAAGAAUCAAGCGGAAGAAUAUCUCAAGGAUACUACAGAACCUACUACUGAGCUAGUUUCCACAGAUGUUUCGAAGACACAGCCUCUUACUCCGCAAAACACAGCACCUUCAGACAAGUGAGGGAGAUCAAUCCGAUGAGACACCAUCAGAGCAGAAUCAAGCAGAAGAAAAUCUCAAGGAUACUACAGAACCUACUACUGAGCUAGUUUCCACAUAUGUUUCGAAGAUGCCGCCUAUUACUCAGCAAACAGAGCAUCUUCAGACAAGUGCUAUAGAUUUUUCAGAAAAAAACGAGGUUGAAGUAAGCAGGCUUCUAGCUCACUUUCAAAUAGGCGCAGAGGUUGAAAUUUUGUCUACUGAUGACGAAAUAUGGUAUCCAGGAAAGGUUGUUGAUCUUAAACUGUGUGAAGGACUAGAGGAGCUGACAGUUGAGUACACGACACUCUUCACAGACCAACAUAGACUUCAGAAACUUCAGGAUACUAUCACGGCUGACAAAAUACGUCCUGCAACACCAACUAGUGACCAAAAAUCCUUUGAGAUGAUG